UGCGAGGUUCCUUUAAUAAGAGCGACCAGUCCGGCUCCGAGAGUCAUGGCGACCGCAGCGUCUAACCACUACAACAUUCUCACCUCCAGCGCAUCCAUCGUGCACUCGGAGCCCGGCAGCAUGCAGCAAGCCACGGCGUACCGGGACGCGCAGAGCCUGUUGCAGAGCGACUACCCGCUGCAGAGCAACAGCCACACGCUCAGCCACGCACACCAGUGGAUAACGGCGCUGUCCCACGGAGAGGGAGCCCCGUGGUCCUCGAGCCCGCUCGGCGCGGAGCAGGACAUUAAACCCGCGGUGCAGGGCACCCGGGACGAGAUGCACAAUUCCAGCAGCAACCUGCAGCACCAGUCACGGCCGCCCCACCUGGUGCACCAGACGCACGGGAACCACCACGACGCCCGCGCGUGGAGAACCACCACGGCGGCGCACAUACAGAGCAUGGCGACGACAAACGGCCAAAGCCUUAUUUACUCCCAGCCGGGUUUCACCGUCAACGGGCUCAUCCCAGGCAGCGGGCAGGGGAUGCACCACCACAACCUAAGAGACAGUCACGAAGACCACCACAGCCCGCACCUCAGCGAACACGGCCACCCUACGUCCCAGCAUCAGCACCAGCACCGGCCGCAGAGCCACCACGACCACUCGGACGAGGAUACGCCGACCUCGGACGACUUGGAGCAGUUCGCCAAGCAGUUCAAACAGCGCAGGAUCAAGCUGGGAUUCACACAGGCGGACGUGGGACUCGCCCUGGGGACCCUGUACGGAAAUGUGUUUUCGCAAACCACCAUAUGCAGGUUUGAGGCCCUGCAGCUCAGCUUCAAAAACAUGUGCAAGCUGAAGCCUCUGUUGAACAAGUGGCUGGAGGAGGCGGACUCCACCUCGGGCAGCCCGACCAGCCUGGACAAAAUCGCGGCGCAGGGGAGGAAAAGAAAAAAACGGACUUCAAUCGAGGUAAGCGUAAAAGGAGCUUUGGAGAGCCAUUUUUUGAAGUGCCCUAAACCGGCAGCGUCGGAAAUAAUCACCCUGGCGGACAGUCUGCACCUGGAGAAAGAAGUGGUGAGGGUUUGGUUUUGUAACAGGAGACAGAAGGAAAAACGCAUGACCCCUCCGGGAGGAGCGCUGCCGGGGAGCGAGGAUGUGUACGGGGACACGCCGCCGCACCACGGGGUCCAGACCCCGGUCCAAUGAACUCUGCCGGACCGGCUCCUCCAGGACUUGUUUACCGUUUUAAUUUAUCCCACCCCCCAAGGUUAUAUAUAAAUCACUGGACUAUGAAACGAUAUAGUGGGUGUUUUAUGUAUAAUAGAUUGCAGUGAUUACUGACACAAUAUCUGCAGUGAAUAUCUGAGAAAUGGAAAACGAGUGACGGGAGGACAGGACAUUUUUUUGUCCUCCCCUCUCGCAGAGCUGAAGGAACAUAAGCCCGUGUUAUGUUCUCCGAGGAUACAUGCCCAGCACUGUGACUCCAGACGACGCAGUUUCAAGGUGUAGCCCCUAUUGUGUACUGAAAUUAUACUUGACGAAAAAAAAAGGAGGGGAGGGGAAGAAUGGUUUUAGAAGAAAAGCUUCCAUUUGCCAGUUUUUUUUCUUCUUCUAUUUUUUUUCUUAAAUAUAUCAAAUCCAACCUUUUUGGGGCUGUGCGUAAAAGGGAAAUCAAAUACGUUUUUUCUAUCUUUUCUUUUCUUUUUCUUUUUUCUUUUUUUUUUUUUUUUUAGUUUUGUAGCUCUAAAUUGUGCGUCCAGCAGUGAUGGGUGUGUGGGUAGUGCAGUGGGAGGUCAAAGGAGCUGCGUUAAUGGAGUAAAGUGGAGGCCGGUAUAGCCUUCAGCCCCAGUGCAGUGGAGUCCAGCUGAGGGUGAGCAUCGCCUGAGUCCCAUCUGUCAGCCAGACCGCUUUUAUUUAUUCUGUGUGGACUGAGGUCACCAUUUAGUUAAGAACACAUUCUUAUUAUUAUUAUUGUUAUUAUUAUUAUUAUCAUUAUUAUUAUUAGUGCACGUGCAGCUCACUGGUUAAACUCUUCAGUAUAAAUGGCCUCAGCGCAGAGAUGUGGUAAAUAAAAAGUGUGCGACCUCUAUCGUGAGUCAGCCAGCAGUCUAAACAACAAAGUCCGUGUUUUCCACACAACAAGCGUUAAAUAUUAUUAUUUCCCCCCUCAGAGCGUCUCCCAGCUCCAGGAUUGGGGCUCCGUGGCGAUUGAUUGGAUUAUAUGGCACCUUUUUUCUUUUUUUCUUUUCCCCACAACAGGAUGGGCUCCAGACACACACACACACACACACACACAGAGAUCUCUACACAAGCAACUCUCACAGAACAGUUUGGAUCCGCUUUUGUAAAUAUUGUAUAACUUUAAAAGUCAUCCCUCUUUUUUCUCGCUUUUUCCUCACUGGGGCACUUUUUCCCAUUUUCUUUCUUUCAUUUUUUUUUGUCCCCCUCCCCAAAAAACAAAAACAAAAAAACAAAAACAAAA